CGACUACUCUUUUUCUCUUUGUAUGCAGGUUAGGUACGCCAAUAUCUCAGCGUCCACCUCUGCAUCUACUCGGUGCUUCACCCACGACCAUUAUAAAAGCACCAUACCAUACCAAUACCGUGGAGAGGAAUGGAUGUCCACAAAGAGCAAGAGGAGGAGCAGGAGAAAAUGAGCAAACCCCUGCAGAAAACCCUCAUCUUCCUAAACUUUACCCUGUUGGCCCUCGGCUUCUGCGGUGGUCCGCUCCUCCUUCGACAAUACUUCGUCRAAGGCGGCAGACGGAUUUGGUUAUCUAGCUGGUUGGAGACCGGUGGCUGGCCCUUGUUUCUAUUCCCUCUCUUYGUUUUCUACUUGCAGCGCCGCCGCAGAAAGGGAAAUCAAGAAGCCAGACUCCUCUCCAUGAAACCUCUCCUSUUUGUGGCAUCUGCCUUUCUCGGCAUCCUUACCGGAAUGAUUGACUACUGCUACGCCUACGGCAUGUCCCGUCUGCCUGCAUCCACCACUGCUYUGAUAGGUUCUACCCAACUGGCCUUCAACGCUGUUUUCUCUUUUAUUAUAGUUAGGCAAAGGUUUACAUCUUAUUCCAUCAACGCCGUGGUUUUGUUGACCAUCGGAGCCAUAGUUCUGGGUCUUCAUGCGAGCAAGGACCGGCCGGAGAAGGAGUCCAGCCAUCAGUACUACGUGGGUCUGUUUAUGACGUUGGGAGARGCUGCAUUGUAUGGUUUUCUGCUGCCCWUGGUGGAGCUGACCUACAAGAAAGCCAAACAGGCCAUAACUUAUCCUCUGGUUAUGGAGAUACAGAUGGUGAUGUCCAUCUUUGCCACUUUGUUCUGCACUGUGGGAAUGAUAGUGAACAAAGACUUUCAGGCCAUCUCAAGGGAGGCGAGAGAAUAUGAGCUUGGGGCAGUGAAGUAUUACGUGGUGCUUGUUUGGUGUGCAAUCUUUUGGCAAUUCUAUUACUUGGGAGCUAUUGGGGUUGUCUUCGUCGCUUCAUCACUGGUGGGUGGUAUAACAAGUGCUGUGUUGCUUCCGGUGUUGGAGAUCUUAGCCGUUGUUUUAUUUCGGGAGAAGUUCACAGCUGAGAAAGGAAUAGCUCUCGUACUUUCUCUUUGGGGUUUCACAUCAUACUUUUAUGGACAGUACAAGAGAAAGAAGAAAAUGAGUCAAACUCCACAACCAGAUUCCAACGUACAAAUACCAUAAUCCUGCUUUUAUAAUACCCAAAUAUAUAUAUAUAAGUGGUGUCAAGUUUAAUCUCAGAGCAUGCAAAGUGGGAUGCUUUGAUUCCUUUGGCUUUUCUUAGAGGAUUUUAUGUAUGCUAUUUUCUUUUUCUUCCUUUUGUAUUUUAAUAAUGGAAUCGGGUGGGGAUACCAUGGAGAGAGGAGAAAUUGGGAGACUUGUUUUAACUUUUAAGCUUCAAAAGAUAAACAGAGAUUAGAGGGUUCUUAGCAUAUUUUCUGCCAUGUGUGGAUUUGUGGAGAGAUAAGGAAAGGGACCUUCUAGAUUGUUGAUCUAUUCGGUUAUAUAGUCCAUUAUCCAUAAUAAUCUUGUACUCCAAUCUCAAUUUCUUAAUUAUUAGUAAUUUUUACA